GCAUUAUCUUUGUGAAAGCUGCUAUUAGCAUUUUGGCAAGAGCUAAUUCAGCCAAAAGCAACGCAGAAGUAUUCCCCUCAUUAAAAAAAAAAACCCUUCAUGCUCCAGUUUUAGAGUACAAAAAGUAACCUAACCAUUCGAGAAAUGUCUCUUUCCACGGCGCUAAUGAUGAGAGCCUGGACAUAGGCUGUGACGACGCCUGAAGGGGUUAAGCGCCAAUAUUCAAAAUGGCGACGUUCAAAGUGGGUGUAAGGAGUCUUAAAGGGAGUUAAGUAAAAAAAAUUGUUGUGUGGUAUUUUGUAGAUUAAAAUCCUUAAAUGACUUGAGUGGAUUUUUUCAGGCUCCCAUCUCCUUUCGGUCCACUGAAAAGUUAUUGACUUGAACCGACUCAUUUCUUUCUCAGAAAUGGAUGGAAAAGUACGGGAUUAAAAAACCCGGACAGGCCGUCAAUUUCACGGACAUGAUUGCAAAAAUUCAGUACCGGGGUGGACUAAACGUAACUGGAAAGUUGGACUAUGAGACCAAAAAGCUUUUUGUGCUACCACGAUGUGGCGUCCGGGAGCAAGAAGACGAGAACCAAGAGCACAGCUCACUUGAAUCAAGAGGAAGAAUUAAACGGUAUACUAAACAAGGGACAGAAUGGAAAAAAAGAAACCUUUCUUACCGUUUCUUGACACCCACAAAAGAUCUUCCUGUCGACGUCCAGAGAGACAUUCUUCGAAAAAUGAUCAAAAAAUGGGCAGACGUCAGCACCCUGACCGUCCGGGAGCAAACUGAUCCAUCAGUGCCUAAUGACGAUGUGGAGAUACUCAUUUCAUUUGUUGCAGGCUACCAUUUUGAUCCGUACCCCUUUGACGGCCCAGGAGGAACAUUAGCGCAUGCGUAUUACCCACACAAUAACAGAGGCUUGUCCGGUGACGCUCAUUUUGAUGACGAUGAGCUGUUUACCACGGGAACACCAAAUGGCAUCAACCUAGACUGGGUGGCGGUUCACGAAUUUGGACACAGCAUGGGUCUGGAACACUCCAACGUACGAGAAUCCAUUAUGUACCCUUGGUACAAGGGUUAUUUUCCUAAUAUCGAGCUUACUGAGGAUGAUAUCCUUGGUAUACAAGACAUUUAUGGUAAACCACCAACUACAAGUCCUCCAACAACGACCAGUCCUCCAACAACCACAAGUCCACCAACAACAACCACUCUUCCGACUACCACCGAAGCGACGACAACCACCCCUCCGACUACCACCGAAGCGACGACAACCACCCCUCCGACUACCACCGAAGCGACGACAACCACCCCUCCGACUACCACCGAAGCGACGACAACCACCCCUCCGACUACCACCGAAGCAACGACAACCACCCCUCCGACCACCACCGAAGCGACGACAACCACCUCUCCGACUACAACUGAAGCGACGACAACCAAGCUCCCUACAACGACGGAAGCGACGACACCUAAAGCAACAACGAUGGCCACGACUAAGCCCACGACCAAAACAUUUACAGAGAAACCAACUACCCCUGAUAUACAACCAGUUCUUGAUAUUUGCAAAGUGUCGAAGUUUGACGCUUUCUUGAUGGGCACGGACGGUAGGACAUACGUGUUCAGUGGAGAAUAUUUUUGGUCAUUAUCUCCAGACCUCGAGAUUUAUCAGGGCCCAAUGAAGAUCAAAUCAAAAUGGAGGGAACUCCAGACACCAAUCAACAGCGUGUAUACCAAUUCUAACAGAAGGACUGUGUUUUUUAAAGGAAGCCUAUACUGGAAGUAUUAUGGUUUCAUUCUCGAGGAAGGCCCCAGAGAGAUAACUCGCUUCGGCCUGCCUUCGUCACUGACUGAUCCUGAUGCAGCAUUUGUUUGGGGAGGCAAUGGCAAGACGUAUUUCUUCAAAGGGAAUAAUUACUGGCGAUACAACGAGUUCAAAAAUAUCGCAGACGAUAAUUAUCCAAGACCUAUUUCAGUUUGGGGUCUUCCUCACCAAGUGGACGCAGCCAUUACAUGGAAAGGAAAUCGCAGAACCUAUUUCUUCAGAAACAGCGAGUAUUGGAAGCUAGAUGAUGGCGCCCUUAGAAUGGUGUCUGGAUACCCGCGUAUUAUCGGCCCUGCUUGGAUGCGAUGCAUUGACAUAGAAUGGAUAAAAAAAUACAAGAUAUUAUCUGGGGUAAGACCGAGUGCGCCAACUCCUGGGCUCGAAAAAGAAAUUGCUUUAGUUCAGCGCAUGGCUGGAAUAAAUGUCACUGGAGAGUUGGACUUUGAGACCAAAAAGUUGUUCGUGAUUCCUAGAUGUGGAAACACAGGGGAAGCAAAUGAGUUAUCCCUCUAUGGUGAAGCAAGACAAAGAAGGAGAAAACGUGAUUCUACCGACGACUACCUUGCUGGAGCAUGUGAGAAACUAAAUAACUACAUUAUCAAGGAACCCUCAAAUCACUUUUCUGGAGAUGCUCUAGAAAGUAUAAUUGCUAGGCAGAUUAAAAUUUGGGAAAAAAGGAUUCCUGGUGUAGCAAAGUGCCGUAAUCGGCGCUCGAGAAACGCAGAGAAGAGAGGGGAAAUAGAGAUAAGCUUUGUACAACCCAACAGCAGUGAUCAAUAUCCGUUUGAUGGAAAAGGAGGAACAUUUGGAGAGGUUUUUUUUUCAAAUGAUAGCAAAAUUAAGGUAUAUUUUGAUGACAGCGAACCUUUCACCACAAAUACAAGCAGUGGCAUGAACUUGGACUGGGUGGCUCUACAUGAACUUGGCCACACCUUAGGUCUGAAACAUUCCAACGUACGUUACUCCGUCAUGUAUCCCUGGUACCAAGGUUACUUUCCGAACCUCGAGCUUAGCCAGAGCGAUAUCGAUCAGUUGCAAGCCCUGUUUGGCAAACCAAGUCCGACAUCAAGACCACCUGCAAGGACCAAAGCUUUAGCAUUUACCGAAGUGACAACAAGUAAAGCUAGUGCAGCAUUAAUUACGGAUGAGGUUACUCACGCAGUAACUACUGCAGCAGAAACGGAGGAUACGACACUAACAGUCACAGAAACACCUUCAUCUUCUCCCUUUGUGGGGGAUAUCUGUAACAUGCAUAGGUUUGACUCUUUUAUGAUGGGCGCAGAUGGCAAGACGUACGUGUUUAGUGGAGAUUAUUUCUGGGUACUGUCAGCUUCUCUCAGUGUCGAGGAUGGCCCGCUAAAGGUAACAUGUAAAUGGAAAGAACUUGAAACACCCAUCAACAGCGCCUAUACCAAUCGAGACGGAAGGAUGGUAUUUUUCAAAGGAGGCAUAUACUGGAAAUAUUACGGUGACAUACUCGAAGAAGGUCCUGGUGACAUCCGUCAAAUUGGUCUGCCAUCGUCACUGAGUGAUCCUGAUGCGGCGUUUGUUUGGGGAGGCAAUAAAAAGACGUAUUUCUUCAAAGGGAAUAACUACUGGCGAUAUAACGAGUUCAACAAAGCUGUGGAUAAAAAUUAUCCAAAGUCUAUAAUUGCUUGGGGUUUGCCACACAACAUGGACUCUGUCAUGACCUGGAAUGGGAAUGAGAGGACAUAUUUCUUCAAAGAUGACGAGUAUUGGAGGCUUGAUGAUGGUUGGCUUGAGUUGGAAAGAGGAUAUCCUCGCAGCAUUACCCCAGUUUGGAUGAAAUGUGAAACGGGGUCGCCAUAGAUGAUCCCACCCGUCGUCAAAUGUUUUUGAACAUGUACGGGAAAGAAGUAGUUUCUCAAGACACCAGUGUGCAGAAUAUUAGUUAAUUGGUAGAACAUUGGCCAUUUAAACUUCGUAAACCCUUAAAACCCUUUCCGCGCUUUUUUCUCUAUGCCAAUUAUGAAGUAAAAUUUGGCGAAGGUUUCGCAUCGUCAAAGCAUCGUGUGCAUUGUCACAAUAUUCUACAAGAUGGCAGUUUAAGUUGGAAAAUUGUUGAAAAUAAAUUUGGCCAAGAUGGUUGGCCGGAGA